GUAGCAGCCAGCGGGUCUUCCUUCAGGAAAAAGCGCCAACUUCUGCUGUGCCGUGUGAAUCACCUAAUACUUGUCUAAAUGGCCGUGGGACGGAAUAUUUUGUAAAGAAGUAUAUCAAACUUUGACAUGGAAUGACUCCUGUAGGUAAGUCUCACCCAGCUUUAAUCCUUUGUGGGGGUUUUGAGAGCUCGUUUUCGGUCGAGGAACUGUUAGAAGCGGCGUGCUGUCUGUUUUCCCCUCCCACUUCUUCACCUCACCGUUUUGACCCAGUUUAGUCAGUGUUGUCUGUAAAGUACUCAACAAAAGUCGUUAAAUUCACGCUUUUUGCUGCUAAAACUAACACAGUGACGCUUUGAACGUAACGCUUGUCGGUUCUAACGGUCGCCGCCGUUGCUAAGGACAACGAAUAUUAGAGUAGGCUGUCAGUGAGCGUUAACGUUAGCCAGCUAAUAUGUUAUGUAAUGGGUUGUUAAGUGAGCGUGAAUUUGUUGGAUUAAGUUCACUAAAGCUCUCUGCACUAACUUAAAACAUCGAGUUUGUUUGUAGUUCCUUUAGUGCGCAGUCGAAUCUCAAGUGCGUAGUUACUUUCAUUCCAGUUCAACUCUCGAUGGCGCCCUCUAAAACGCAGCUGUCUUCUCUUCUCUCGCCAGUGGGGGGCGCUGUUGCAUCCUAGCGGAAAAGGGGGAAAAUCCCUCCAGGGUACAAAAUAAAGAAGAUGCCUGGCCUGCAGGGUGAAAAUGUUGUGGCGGCGCUCGGCAGCCCCAUGAGGAAGAGCAAACUGUCCCUGAAGUUUCUCCAGAAGAAAGAAACUAAACGAACUCUGGAUUUUUCUGAAUCUCAAACAGAGGAGCAAAAAACUGUUGAGCCAGAGGAGCCUGAGGCCAGGUGAGUGCGUGCUUUCUCUCUUCUUUUGACCUGAGAGAGGUGUGGUUGGCUGCUGAUGAGUAAUUGGCUGCAGGUCGUCAUUCAGUCGCUCUCUUAGGUUUAGUGCACUGUUAAAGCCAGAAAGAGGUCACGGAAAACACUAUGGAGGCAGAAACAUGAAGCAGCUGCCUCAUUUUUUUUACUCAAUAGUUAAUCGGCGAGCCGAUUAAAUCGGCCAAUUUUUUCCUGUUUGAGACUAAUCAGUAAUCGGCUAAAACUCGCCGAUUUUCGCCGAUAUUUUCAUAAAUAUAAUGCAGAGUUGAAAACACUUUUCUGGUCUGAGUUUGAUCAGUUGGUCUUCCUGUCGGCGUGAAGAGCAGUAGCCUACAAUAUAUCUACAGCAAUAAUCUAUUUUUUAUAACUUCAGAAGAAAUUUUAAAAAUCAGACAAUUAAUCGGUAAUCAGAUUUUUCCCCCCAUAUUAAUCGGCAUCGGCCCCAAAAAAUCCACAUGGUCGGGCCCUAGUUUUGAUGUCAGAAUGUCAAAUAAAAAUCACAUUUUAAAUAUACAUUUCUAGUUAUAUACUAGUCCAGAUGCAUGACAAGGCUUUAAAAACCACAGUAAUCCUCACACUGGACCACCCAAAGAGUCACCACAAGCCUUUUUUUUUCGGCCACAUGAGUCUACUAAACUUUCUUGCCAAUAAAUCAGGUGUUCUAGUUCAGCUACAAACCAAGAAAUCAUGUGCUUAGGAGUUUUUAAUUCAUGUUUUAUCCCCCCAACAUUUGAGCAGCUGUGAUCAGGUGGUCCCUGGUCCUCCUCCAUGUCCAGCCUCGCCUGGCGUCCCCCUGUCUUGUGAGAAGAGGGAGAGCCUGGUGCCGUUUGUGGGGCUCAACAACUUGGGCAACACCUGCUAUCUGAACAGUGUGCUACAGGUGAGCCAUCAUCCAAGAUUAGAUUUAUAUCAAAUAUAUAACACUGGGCAGUUUUUAUUAUUUAAAAAGGUGUGAUUGUUAGACUAUCGACAAGUACCCAAGACAUAAAUUUGGAUUAUACAAAGAAAUCUUAUUUGAUAUUAACGCCUCUGAAAAUGUAAAAAUCACAAGUUGAUCAAACCGUCAACACAUUUUCUUGACUUUUGUCUUUGGAUUUCACUUGUAUUGAUGUUUUUUUGUUUGAUUUGACAGUUUAAAAUGGAUGAAACCCUGAUAAAUGUCGAGUAGAGCAAACAGAUGAGCAAGAAAAACAUGUGAAUAUGUUAACAGAGUUUCUGUAGCCACAGGGCAGAGCUUAUUUGUAGCACUAACACAAAAGAUUCACUGCAGACAUGGCGCUCAGGAAGCUUGUUCGAGCUUCUGCACAGGAAGAUGCUUUUAAAAGACGUUGCGGUAAAAACAUGAUGUCUUUUUGUUUUUACAGGUUCUGUACUACUGCCCUGGUCUCCGAGGGGGCAUCAAGAACCUGUUCAACCUUUCUAAAAGAAAUGACAAAAUAAAGGAGAAAACUGAUCAGUGUGAAGAGGUGGGUACAAUACAAAUCUCAUUUUGUUAAAAGAAACACAACAGAUUGAACCAUUAACACUCACCGAGUAUUUUGGUGGUAAAUUAUGCCUGUACACUUUUUUUUUUAGCAGUCAGAAGCUGCAGCUGAGGCUUUGCCGGCCCACAUCGAGCUCCUCGGGAGCUUCAACAGUUUAAUAUCAUCAGUGGAGCAGCUGCAGACAAGCUUCCUGCUGAACCCUGAGAGCUUCAGCGAAGGAGAACUCGCUACACCACCUCGAAAGAUUCUCCACACUCUCAGGUGACGCCAUGCUUGAUUUGAAUCUUAUAAGCUGCAAAACACUUACAGAAAAUGAAAAUGACGGAGAUAAGUGCCCAUAGUAUAUAAAGAAUACACUUCUUAUCCUGUCUGGCUGAUCUUCAACUAUUUUCUGUAACUAGCCUGUUUCAACUUUUAGAAAAUCAAACUUGUGAUAGCAGGUUAAUGUCUUUGAAGCCGAAACAGUCAAUUAUUUUUGUAUUUAUUAACUGUUGUUUCGACUCUGUGUGUUUCAGGCAGCUGAAUCCUAUGUAUGAAGGCUUCCUCCAGCAUGACGCCCAAGAGGUGCUGCAGUGCAUCCUGGGAUACAUCCAUGAGGCUUGCUGUACCAUCAGGAAAGACCAGGAGUCAACAAAUGGUGAAGAAGUAAUUGAGGUUAAAUGUGAGAAUCCCAGCUCUGCUUCAGAAACUACAACUCCCACAGAGGAGGAUGGGCAAGUCAGCGGCAAGAGAAAGAGCGACACUGAAGUGGGAAACGCCAAAAAGAAGCCCAAAUCAGUCAAGACCAAGAAAUCUGAAGAUGAGGAGGGCAGUGUGAAUCGAAACGCACCCCUCAGGCGCUCUAAAAGGAAGUCCUCCAGUGAAAUUACGCUCGAUAGCAACCAAGACAAAGACAAGGAGAAGGAGCCAGAGGAGGAAAGAGUGAAGAAACCAAACAGGAAGGAGAACGAAGGGAGUGAUGGUGAGGAGAAAGAUGAAAAGAACACAAAAGAGUCAGAGGGUAAAAGGAAGAAGAAGGCCAAGCUGAGCUGGCUGAGGCCCUCUGGGAAACAACCCAGUAUUUUCUCCAAGUUCCGCAGCGUGGGCAAGAUCAGCUCCAUGACCUCAAAGAGCCAAAACAAAGAAGAGCAGGAGAACGGGACCACGGACGACAAGAGUAAUGAGGAAAAGAGCGGAGAGGAGAAACCUCCAGGAAACAAGUCUGAGGACAAGAAGACAGUAAAACAUAAAGGUAUGGAGAAAGAAAAGUGAACUGAUUUUAAAAAUGCAAAGAAAAGAGUUUUUCUUGGACUGAAUGUAACCGCUGUGCUGAAAUGAAAAUGCAUCAGUGCUUUUAAUGUGACUGCAGAAACAAACUACGGCAUUUCACUCAGCCACGUCCCUCUGUGUUUCUGUUUCGUCCAGAUGAUUUGGACCUGAUGGAGCGUUUGUUUCAGGGGCAGCUGGUUCUGAGGACUCGCUGUCUGGAGUGUGAGAGCUUCACAGAGAGGAGAGAGGACUUUCAGGACAUCAGCAUCCCCGUGCUGGAUGAGCAACCCAGCAGUCCAGAAGACCUCUCUGAGGGUAGGUUACUUUACCCUUUUUCUCCUGGUAAAUAGACACCAGGUGAAAAGCAAAGACACAAAAACAAAGAAAAUUGUGAAUUUCUCGUCCGGUUGCAAGCGAAAAUAGCGCUCAAAAUGAAACUUACCUUGCCUGGUUUGAUACUCCUAAAAGGACUUAAAAAGGCAAAUGAGAAUUAACCGAGGCAAACAUAAAUGAUUUAGUUGUUCAACUAAAAUUUCAUAUAAAAGCAUGUCGUGAAUGUAAAAAGUAACCAUUCAUCAAUGUCUCCUCCAGUCUCUCCCAGUCCCAAACCAGAGCUGAAGACUCUAAAGUGGGCCAUCGGUCAGUUUGCUUCAGUGGAGCGCAUCGUAGGAGAGGACAAAUACUUCUGCGAGACGUGUCACCAUUACACAGAGGCCGAGAGAAGUCUGCUGUUUGAUAAAACCCCCGAAGUGAUCACCAUUCACCUGAAGCGCUUCUCUGCGAACGGCUUAGAGUGAGUGGAUCACCUGUCUUUUUCUUUUAGAAAUCCUCCUAUUUCGUUUCUUUGACUCUUCAAAAGGCUUACAUGGAGGAAAAUAUCUGUUAGAAGACCAUUUAUGUUAAAAUAAUAUUAUUUUGAUCUGUGUCCCUCACAGAUUGGACCCGUAUGCAGGCUUGUCGAAAGUGAACACUCCCCUGCAGACCCCUCUGAUGCUGUCUCUGGAUGAGUGGUGCACCCAGACGUCGUCCAAAAAGGGUCAGAACUAUCAGCUGUUUGCCGUCGUCAUGCACAGCGGCGUCACCAUCAGCAGCGGUCACUACACCGCCUACGUCCACAUGUCCGACCUGAAAGACGUGAAGCUGUGGCCGCAGGACACAAAAGAAACAGAAGAGAAGGAGGAAGAGGAGAAGGGGGCUAAGGAGGUGAAAGAGGAAGUGCUGGACUAUGAUGAUGGAGAGGUGUCUUUCAGCCUCGGAGCUAAGGGACAGAGGGGAGCUGGUUUGGCGAACAAUAAAACAGGAGGCAAGAAGCUGUCCGAGGGGGGAGUGGGACUCUUGGGAGGUCAGAGGAGUUUGUCCGGUUAUGAUCUUGGGAACAGCAGCGGCAAACAAACAGAGAGGGCAGCUAAUAGCGGGGCGACAGAGGGGUCCAAACGGAGGAAAACUAUCAACAGCUUGAGCCACAACACUGAAGCAGGGCUGCAGAAGGAGCCCGAGGCUGCAGCCGGAGAAAAGGAGUCAUCAAGCACCUCCUCUGAUGGAGCAGAGACCAGCCAGCAGCAAGCUCUGAACAACCUCCACAAAUACGAGGGGAAAUGGAUGCUGUUCGACGACUCUGAGGUGCGCCUGUUCGAGACGGAGGACUUUCUGGAGGCGUGUUCUCCUGAAACAUGCUCCUCGUCGACUCCUUACUUGCUGUUCUACAGGAGGGUGCCUGACCCUGAGCCUUAAUAACGGAGAUAUGAACACAUGAACUGCUGCCGACUCAGGGGGGUUGUGCCAGUACUCACAGAGAACAGCUGUUUUCUUUGCAAUACUACUAAUGGUGCCAAAAAGACUGAGCUGCCAUGUCGGGACCUGAAAAUUAUGUCUCAUGGACUCACAGCAGGACUCACCUCAGAGAUGUCAAUGAGCCGAUUUGGGCCCAAAGAAGUGAACUCAGAGGAAUAAGGGUGUUGUUUCCUACAUGCCAGGGAUGUCUGUUUUUUUUUGGGAUGUUGCUCUUGCCUCUGUAGACAAAGUACAGUGGCUCGUCUUUUUGCUGCCUGUGCUACUGUUUUUUUUUUUUUUUUUUUUUUCAACACUGGUCUGUCAUGAUCUGACAUCCUCUUUUUCAUGUUUCACAGUACUCGGUUUGUACGGAUCAAUUUUUACAAAUUAGAGAGAAGCACUUUUGAACGACAGACACAGAAUGUUAGAAGUAUUUUUCUGAGCUGCAUAAAAGCCAAAAUACCUCCCAAAACUCUCUAUUAUGGUGUUUUUCCCACCUCCUCAACUAACAUCUUUAAGGUCCCAUGCACUGCUUUUUACAACCAGGCAUGAAGAACAUAUCUCGGGAAAACUUACAGUAUAUUUUAAAACCCAACACACUAAAACAAAGUUUUAAAACAUUUACAAAUAUGAACUGAUUUCACACAUUUUUCUGAGCACUGUUGAUAAUAAAAAGGUUUUAGCAGUAGUUUCUUCUCCACGUGGACAUCAUACAUUUCAAGAAAAUAACCUUUUGAAGCUAACUUUUUGUGGGACUUUAGCUUUCUUAAGAAGUGGUAUUCAUAAAUUUAUUUGGAGUUUAAAUGUUGGAUGUCAGUUCUAACUGCGGACAGAGCUUCAAUUUGAACCCAAGGAUGAGAUUGUCAGAUUGUUGUGAGAAUUAUACAAGAGGAAUACGGGAUUUGCUCAAUUUGUGACAUCACCAAUUGGUGAAUUUCCUGAAAAGAGAAUAAUAAACAUAAUGCAAUCCAAACAGAAAUAUCUGUCACUGAGAACUUUUUCCUCUUUUUUUUAUUUUUUAUUCCUGGUUCAAAUUUAGGGUCCAAAAGACAUGGUCAUUUUAAAUACAGAAAUAUGACUUUGUAGCAUGGCAACAGUGGUAGAUAGUUUGAAAGAAUAUGAACAGAACCAGUGAAACCAGUUUGGUAAAGACGCAUAUGGGUAGUACGUGGCUGCACUUCCUUUCUGUAUUCAUUGUCUCAUGUAUCUCAUUACUACACUUUGAAGUUUCCAAAUGUUUGUGUUUUUUUCAGCAGAUGUGUUGGUAUUUCCAGAAAGAUGUCAGUUUAAUUCAAACAUUUUUGUUAAAUCACUUUGAAGAAAAAUAAGAGGGUGAGAAAAAUAAAGAUAAAGUAGACACAAAUGCGUCUUUCACUUCAGGAUGUUGUUUGUGUUUCAAAGUCUGAGUGCUAAUAAUGACUUCUGGUUGAACAAGGAUUUCCACUGAGCUCGACAUUGCCCAUCUCAGGAUCUACAGCAGCAUAAUUAAGUCAAAUCAUUUCUUCUUUUCCAGGAGUUUAAUUUUGAGCACUAAAUGAUGAAUAAUAUGGAUGGUGUAGAGUUUUUUCCUUUAAAACACACUGGGAGGGUUUUGAGUUUCGGCGUUAAAAGCUGGUUCAAAGUGUCCGCAGAUUCAAUAUGUGUGCUUCCUUCUCUGACUGUACCUCAUUCCAGCUGUAUGAAGCUUACCGAUAACAGGUUUAUACUGUAAGCAAUAAAGUUUUUACCUUCACAUGUC